AUGACUGUUCAAACACUCCAUAUCUUCAUCACCGGUGCUACUGGAUACAUCGGUGGAACCAUCCUGACCCGCCUGCUCAAGCAUCCGAAGUCAGACUCUUUCAAGAUCACAGCCAUCGUCCGAAACCCAGAGAAGGCGAAGCAGUUAAAGUCGCUCGGGGUGAAGGUGGAGAUUGGGUCUCACAGUGACCCCGAGAAGGUGGAAGCCCUCGCUGCCGAGGCGGAUGUCGUAUUCGAAGCCGCUGAUGUAGACGAUCUGGGAGGCACCCAAGCUGUUCUAAGGGGACUGAAGAAACGUCAUGAGAAGACCGGUCAAGUCCCUAUUCUGAUCCACACGUCUGGGACUGCCGUCCUUUGUGACAACGCGUCUGGCUUGCACGACUCGAACACUGUCUAUUCAGAUGCGAGCGUCGAGCAGAUCGAGUCACUGGCCCCAAGCCAACCUCACCGCGAGGUCGAUCUUGCCGUUGUUGGUGCCGAUCAGCAGGGUUAUCUGCGUUCCUAUAUUGUACUCCCAGCUCUUAUCUGGGGCCUGGCUACAGGCCCGCUGGUCGACAUUGGCGUGCAGAACCCGCAUUCUCAGCAGAUCCCUUUGACCAUCAGGUCGGGCCUGAAGCGAGGCAAGGCUGUCAUCGUCGGCGAGGGCAAGAACUUCUGGCCAAAUGUCAACAUCGAAGAGCUUGGCGACCUGUACAUGAUCAUAUUCAACAAAGCAUUGAACGACGCCCAGAGGCUCCCACACGGCCGCGAAGGCUUCUACUUCGGCGCGUCUGACGAGCACAGGUUCGCCGACAUCUAUAAGACGGUCGCAAAAGCCCUUUAUGAGGCUGGUAAGGUAUCCAGCCCGGAUCCAGCCCCCUUGGAGAAGGACGAAGUGGAGAAGUACUUCGGUACCGAACUCAUGGCGACAACGGUUAUGGGAGGGAACUCUCGUUGCCGAGCUGACCGUUCCCUCUCCAUUGGGUGGACACCGAAGAAGGGCACCAAAGAGAUGCUGGCAAGUAUCAAGCCGGAGGUGGAGACUAUCCUUAAAGAAUCCCAGUGAACAAUGGAGGAAACCAGGAAGAAGUACUUCGCGAUGUGUAAGAUAUAAUGACCAUUCAGUAUAGUCG